AUGCUAGAGAACUAUUGGAUUGAAAAAAUCGCCGUUUGUGUAAUUACUGACGUGUUGAAGAUUAGCACAAAUAAAUGGUAAUAAUGUAGUGUAUAUUUAAGCGAUGUUAAAAAUAAAAAAGUGUUUUGA